AUUACGUCAUAUUUCUUGCGACGGGAGUAGUGUAGUCGUCAUAUGUUUUGAAGCUAGCUUGAAAAUUUGAAGAUUUGCAUUAUUAACGCUCAGUUCACUUGAAUUGUCUUGUAUAUUAAAAAUCAUGUCGUUUUUAGAGGACGAGAGCUCGAGCAGCCUAAGCGGUGCACAUUCACGACUGGAAAGCUAUGUUUUUAGCUGUGAAUUAUCCUCUGAAGUACCCUUCUACACCUUUCAAGGCGAUGAGGAAGAGGAUUUAGAGCAUUUUUUAGAACUCCGUACGAUCUGCCUUGGCGAGGGGGCUAAAGAGGAGAACAAUGUGGUGGAGGUGACUGCCAUGAAUCACAAAGGGAAGAAGAUUUCAGUGCCAGUAGCAAAUCUCCACAUAUCUUGUCUUCCCAUGGUAAGCCUGGGAGAAUUUGAAUUGAUGGCACCCGUAACACUACGCCUGAAAUCAGGAAGUGGGCCAGUGACGGUUAGUGGAUUACACCUAGUUGCUUCAGAGAAUGAAGAGUCAGAAGUAUCUGAUGAAGAUGAUGAGUCUGAGGAGGAAAUGCCCCCCAUUAAGCCAGCCAAAAAGAAGCAGAAACUGUAGAAUCAACAGUUGAUGAAAAUUUCAAUAAGUUUUAUACAAGAUAAUGUUCCAUAAAUUGUUUUCGAUACAGUUACAAUGGACUGCAGAGCAAAAAAAAAAAUGUGAAGCUUGAAUAUUUUUUUAAAAGAAUUGUGUGGACCAGCUCCAUAUACAUUUUGUGAUUCUUCAUAUGAAAAGUGUUUUAACAGUUAACCUGAUAAGUUCCAAAAUGCUGUAAGUGUUUGUGUAAUGCAAGCAGUUUUUGCUUGUCUUUGUAAUGCUUAUGAUGCAUGGCAUUUUGGAACAAAACUGUAUUUCAUUGUGUGGUUAAAAUGUUUACUGUUUUUCAUUUGUUGAGGGACAGUUAACGGUCACUAAGAAAUAUGUGUUCAUGUUGUUGGAUUACUAUUAAUUACCCUUAAGGAAGUUCACCAGCACUGUUUCCUGCAGCUGUGCAAGUAUGAUUUUAAUCUGUCUUUCUUUUUUUUUUGAUGGCACAUUUUAUUGAUAAGUGCUGAAACACAAAGGACUGCCAUGGUUGACUUUUUUGUACAUUUAUAGGUUUUCUGAAUUAAAAUAGUUCCAUCUGUA